AUUGUGAUUCCAAAUUAGCUCACCUGUGCAGAGCUUGAUUAACACAAGUGUGCUGUCGCGCCUUCCCCUCACCAGGCAUCACCCUGCUAGCAAAGGCUAGCUAAUGUUGAAAACAUUUUCGUAGCAUUGUCCUCAUAACAGAGUGUUUACACUAUGGCGGUAGAUGCUCCAAGACGAUGCUGCGCUUCAUCGUGUCGGACUGUUGCACUUGUGUUGCUUCUCUUCACUCUGGUGCCGGGUUUAAACUGUAUUUCGUGGAAGACUCGUCAAAUACUCCCACACAAUUUAGCAAGUGAAGAUGUAAGGAAGGGCAAAAUUAUCUUCAACGGGAAGCCAGAAUCAGAAGGACUGUGGGACUUCAUGGAGCGCUCUCUGCAAUGUGGCUCAAGUCAGAUGAAAUUAAAAGUCCUGGGCCGUGGAGCUGCAGACUUGGCGCUAGACCUGGGCACUGGACAAUCCCAACCUUUGAGCAAGGAUCUAGAAUCUUGUGGCUAUAUGCUUCGUCAGAAUGCGUUUGGCCUUGUGUUGGUAAUCCCUUAUGAUGGCUGCAAUGUGAUACAAGAGGUAUGUGUUCACAAAUUAAUUCGCAGAUGCCAUUAAGUAUUAAGAUUUUUUGCACCCUGCUGAGGAAACAAUGUUAUUGGUUUUGUUAGUAUUUUUUUCCAUGUGAAAACCCUCAUUGCACCAAAUACUGAAAUACAGCGGAUCCCCUCUUUUUGCGGGGGUUACUUUCCAGGGCCACCAGUGAAUGGCCAAACUUCAUUUUCACUGCUCGCUUCUCCCCCAUCCAAACUCUCCUGGUAGCUUGAUGGAUUUCGGAUCAGAAUUGACAGUAAGAGUGACUGUUGGAAUUAUUUAGUUUAGAUUCAGCUCCAGAACCAUCCGUGUCUCCACACACUUAUUCAAAUUAUAAUUCGUAAUAUAUAUUAUGGAUAUAAUUAAAAUAUGAAUAUAAGUAUAAAAUGUAUAGGUACUCACCACUAAUGUGUGAUGUAAGAAUCCAACAGAUGGAAUUGGAGUCGCAGUGUAGAUGUGCAACUAUGUUGUGUCUCAAGUUAAAAGAUCCCUUUUUAUUAGAGUGCUAUUGAACAAUUUCAAAAGUGAAAUGUCUGAAAGUGAGUUCAGUAAACCCAACUGGGAACUGCACUUGUGAAACAUAACAGAUGCCAUAUAUCACAUACAAUUAUGACAUUAAGGAAUUGGACACUGCACAAACUUUAGCAACACUAGCGUAGAUAGCUAUGUGAUCUACAGUGCUAACGUUACACAUUUGAACAAGCUAUCAUUCUAGGGUAACCUGUUCAUCCGUCCAUCCAGUUUCUAUGCGGGUUGUCCUCGCUAGGGUCGCGGGGGUAUGCUGGAGCCUAUCCCAGCUGACUUGGCGAGAGGCAGGGUGGUAACCUAUUCACAGAAGAAAAACAACUUUGCUCACACGUCUGUAGCUGACAUAAUUGGCUGUGUUCCAUGUUUUAAGAUAUGUAGUGAAGCCUGUAAUUUUAAUAAAAGGUAAUGGGGAACUUUAAGGUAUUGGAAGAGGUCCAUGUGAUAGGCACAGCAUAAUGUAUGGAUAUAUUAGAAUUCAGUUAGUUGAUCAUGUGUGAAUCAAUUGAGACAAAAUGGAGUGCCCACCAGGGGUGCUGUUCAUACAGUUUCAACUACCGUAGUUAUCGUUUUGAAGUUUUGGGAAGUUGAGUGACAUACAAUACAAACAGACCUCCACAGUGGCACAACUGCUUGUAAACAGGAGUUCCGAAAUAAUAAAUGAUUCUACAGUUACUUUCAUAAUUUUAUUUUUUUAAAUCCCAUUGUCAAAAAUGCAGUCAAAAGAUUUUUGUUUUUUAAUUUCAUGAUGCUGCUUACUUCCCUUUUUUGUUUCAGGAUGGCUAUUAUGUGUUGCCAAUGAGCUACCUGCAGAAUUCAAUUACACUGGCCUGCCCCAUGUCUCCUGUGUUGACCACUGGGGAUCCCAUCCCUCAAAAUGCCAGGAACACAUACCGAUCCAAGCGCUAUGCAGUCCAGGCGUUCUCCAACUAUGACCCUUACCAACAAUAUUAUUCCUAUUUGUAUUACCUCUACUACAUGAAUAUGAUGGCAAAUCAACAGACUGCUCCUGCUGUUGUCCAACCAGUUUACAAUCCCCUGUAUUAUCAGUUACUCUACAGCCCGCCAAAGGCCACCACUUCGCCCCAAGUCACCACUCAUGCCCCUUCUGACUCCAACCAGAAUUUUGCAAUGCGUUAUCCUUUCUACUCCCACUAUAUUUAUCCUCACUACCCAAAUGCACUCUAUUGCCACAUGCCAGGUGCACAUUGUCCGAGCAAUUUUCCUUCAUAUUACCCAGGACCAAACCAAUCAAUGGAACCUACCCAAGCUCCAACUAUAACGAAGCCGGCCGCUAUAACGAAGCCAACCACUAUAACAAAGCCGACCACUAUAACAAAGCCUACAACUACAUAUAAAUGCAAACAUGCAGCUACCACUACUAAAGGGCCGCGUAAACCCACUACUACUACUACCACCACCACUAAUACUAAAUCACCGUGUAAACCCAGAACCACCACUUCAACCACAAAGGACACAAACUUUACACCAUACGCCGAAGAACCCUUUGCACCGGCGGUUUCAUACAACACAAGAAGUGAAAUCCCAAGUGAUCCUAAAAGUGUACCUCACAGUAGCUACAAAUCUGGACCACUACUGAGCUACCAGUACUGGCAAGAGCCCUGGUUUCCGCAGGCUGUGGAUGAGGACCAUCAGUUUGACUGGGAUGAUCUAGAUCCUUAGUAGCUGGGAACAUAAAGGCACAUCUCAGUUUUCACAUCCCUGACACUACACACAAUCCUUGCAUGGAGGAAGACUAUGAUGUGGACAUGGGUGAAGUAUUCAUGGGAGGGGUCACAGCAAGUCACUGGUGGAUGGACUUGGGGAAGGAGGACAACAUUCAAGCCAAAAGAGGCUCCAUGGUGAACAGUCGCAGCUGGGCUGAGGAGCUUCAAGAGUGUUACAAUGGAGCACAAUCCAGACUGUCCAUCAUCUCGGCCCAGAGGAAUGAGAGAGAGUCAAUCAGGCAGAAACUUGCUCUCGGCAGUUUCUAUGACGACGAGCCAGUCAUCUUCACCAGCUGCAGCAAAAACGAUUCGUCCUCUCGUUUGCAAAACCUGCAGGUGUGUUUUGUCAACGACAGCAGCAGCGACAAAGACAGCGAUGCGGAGGACAGCAGGACAGAAACCAGUCUGGAUACACCCUUGUCACCUGUGAGCAAGCAGAGCUCGUCGUUAUCUGAUCGAGACACGGCAGAGGAGGACUCGGAUCCGUUAGAUGACUGCGGCGGGUUCUGGCGGGUGCAGCGGAGGCUCCAGGAGGAGGCCCGGGUGGCGCUGGCUCUGGCAAGACCCAUGGCCAAGAUGCAGGUGGAGGUGGAAAGACAAAUCCAGUUGCACAGACGCUCACCUGUGGCCGAUCUGCUUCCCCACCUGCCUCACAUCAGCGAAGGCUUGUUGAAGAGGAACCUGAGGCGAGGGGACAUGAGGGAUAUGAGUCUUGGGCAACUUCAAGUCAUCACAAAUGACUUGCACUCGCAGAUCCAGAGUCUAAAUGAGGAGCUGGUGCAGCUACUGCUGAUGAGGGAUGAGCAACAUGUAGAGCAGGAUGCCAUGCUGGUGGACAUCGAAGACCUCACCAGACAUGCUCACAGCCACCAGCGGCACCAGGCAGAGAAAGCCAACGCUAAAUAAAUUCCUCCUGUGUGUCCAUCUGCACGCCAUCCGACUUAUUACUCACUCCAUCGAUUGUUCCUUGUGUUGCCACGGAAACUCCAUCUGUGCUGUCUCUGGAGGAAAAAAGAGAGCAUAUAGUUAAGUAUUGCACCACUGGAUGUUGUCCAAGGACAUAAAUACGCUUGUGAAUGGGAGUUUUAAACAGCCACAGCUGACAGGCUUUUCACUCCCAUUGGAUUAAUAAUAAUUAAUAAUCAGUGAGCUGCUGGAUUUAGUUCAUAGAAUUAAGGGAAUCUUCUUGACAUAAUUCCACCCAGAGACCAAUUUGUCAUCUCAUUGGUUUUUCAAGGUACAUGUUCAGUACAAAAUGAUGGUUUGGAAGGGAGCACUUGCACGGAAAUUCAGUGUUGCAAUAGAAAAUAAUUAAGUCUAUCUGUCUGAGACAGUGCUGAUUUGCAGCUUAGCUUCAAUGUGACGUUCAAAUGCUGCACCAUUACUGAGAAUCAUUUAAUACACAAAACUGGAUGUAAAAAUUGCUGCUAGUGCACACUUUCUUUGUACUUUUUUUAAUUUUUCAAAUAUGUCUGGCAAACAUGCAGGAUGUAAAGAUUAUUUUGGGUUAAAAGGGAGUGACCGAGCAAAAAUAGAGGUAUGAUGAACGGCCUCAAAAUAAAUGCACGGUGGUUUUUGUGAGGCUCAUUUUGCUAGAGAAGCAUAAACCUCAAACAAAACAUUCGUAAAUCCUGCACAUGACAUACAGUAUAUAUCUAUUUUAUGUGAUAGAUUAUGGACAUGAAGGAUGUCAAAGAGAAGGAAGCAACCACUUAUUGCUCAUGAAAAGUGUGUCCUUUUAACAUACUGUCAACUUUCUUUUUCUAUUGUAUGCCAUGUACUGUAUGAUGAUUGUAAAGAAAUUAAAUAAUAAACAUUUUAAUGUGUGGACAGUU